GGGCAUCGAUGUUACUCGCCCAUCGUGUAAACCAUCCAUCUCGAGUUGAGCAGCAACUUCCACCACCGCCGUCGUCGUCGUCGUGAUCAACUAAAUGUACUUCGGCAGCAUCGGUGGCAGCAUUCGAUACCAUCGCUAAAGGCGGGAACGGCAGCGUCGCUAUCCUAGCAGCCGUGUGGCGGACCACGAUUUGCAUCGUGAGACAUCAGCAGAAUUCACAACUUUUACAUCGCUAUCAGCAGCAACUUAAGCAGCGCUCUACCACGUCAGUGGCGCGACUUCCAACAGCGCUAACAUCGACGGACGAUGGCUAUGGAGAGACCGAGGCACCCGCUGUAAAUCGAUCGAUGUCUGAAGACAAACGGCGCCGUGACAUUUUGCAAGCGCGCGGUGGCAUCCUACUGCGGCAACAUGUCCAAAGAUGUCAGUUUCUUUGACAAGAAUGGGGAACUGAAAAACUUCGUGGAGAAUCUGAGCCCAACCAAGGGUGGCUUGCUGCUUGUGACGAGUGCAGUGGGCAGCCCCAAGGCUCAGCUCAUUGGCGGCAGCCUGGCCUCCCAGUCCAGUUCGCACUCGCCUAUGAUGCUGGGCACCCCCCAACGCACAGCGAUGACGGGUACCAUCCUGCUGGGCAACCCCAACACCCCUGGCAUGCUCGGCGCCACGCAGGGUGGCGCAGCCCUCAACGACCAUUCCCCGGCGUGGUCCGGGCGGAAGAGCCGCAAGGGAGACAAACGCGGCAAGGGGCUGCGCCACUUCUCGAUGCGCGUGUGUGAGAAGGUGAGGGCCAAAGGCACCACUACCUACAACGAGGUGGCCGACGAGCUGGUGGCGGAGUUCAGCAGCACGCUCCGCGCCAGCCAGGAGACGUACGACCAAAAGAACAUCCGGCGGCGUGUGUACGACGCCCUGAAUGUCCUCAUGGCAAUGAACAUCAUCUCCAAGGAGCGCAAGGAGAUCCGUUGGAUCGGGCUGCCCACCAACUCGGCGCAGGAGUGUCAUAACCUGGAGACCGAGAAGCAGAGGAGGCUCGAGAGAAUAAAACAGAAGCAGGCUCACCUGCACGAGCUCAUCCUGCAGCAAAUCGCCUUCAAGAGCCUCGUGCAGCGCAACCACGAGCAGGGCCGCGCCGCGGGGGGCGCCCCGCCGGCGGGCUCCGUCAUCCACCUCCCCUUCAUCAUCGUCAACACCAGCAAGAAGACCGUCAUCGACUGCAGCAUCUCCAGCGACAAGUUCGAGUACCUCUUCAACUUCGACAGCACGUUCGAGAUCCACGACGACAUCGAGGUGCUGAAGCGCAUGGGCCUCACGUAUGGUCUCGAGGCCGGCACGUGCCGCCCUUGCGACCUGGAGAGAGCCCGCGCCCUGCUGCCCAAAGCCCUUGAGCCACACCUCCUGGAGAUGGCGCGCAGCGGGGGAGCCACACUCGCGGCACUUCCCGCCGGGGAUGCCCUCCCACCCACGAGCAGCCACGGGGAGGCCGGGCUGGUGGUGGACGGGGAGCCGUGCGGGCCGGUAGGAGCGGCACGCGGCGGGACGCCCUUCUCCUUCGCUGACGACGAUGAAGACGACGAUGAAGAUGACGACAGCGACGACGACGACUCCUCUGACUGAAGCCCCGUGGGGGCGGGGGGGGGGCUCCGCUGCUCCUCCCCCCGCCCCCACGCAUCUUUUAUACGAACGCACGAUUGUUUUAUAACUUUUUUUUUGAUAGCCAGAGUGACGACGAUGUUUUGCGUGUGGCUGCUUUUGGGGGGCCGAACCGGGGUCAGGGGUCAAACCGGGCGGGACCAACCGUGUCGCCUUCGCCUGCCGGUCCUGUUUCCCUUGAAGGCCCCAGUUGGAGGUGGCAUCCUAUUGGAAGGCCCGAGCGGGAGAUGAAUCGCCUGAAAGCGCGCAGGAGAGAUGCGGGUUGGGGGGGGAGAGGAGAGGAGGCCUCGUGUGCGGCCGUCCCAAGGCCACGUUGAUUCGCGGUAUUCACCGCCGUGUCUCUCGCGCCGCGGUCGAUCGUCACGGAGCCCCCACCCAUUAGUUACCUUAAACAGUGGUUGGUUGCGACACGGAAUUCCCUUUUGUUUGCACUCGUGAGCUUCUUCCCAACGAAAGCGCGAUUUAAACGUAAACAACGACGGAAGGGAAUCCCCUGCCCCCGAGUCGGCGUUUCGUCGGCGGUUUUGCCAACGAGGGCUAAUGGGAGACUUCUCGGCCAAACCGAUGCCUGGUGGAUGACGUCGAUUCUGUGCGACCGUGUGCUCGUGUCGUCUGUGGGGGUUACCGACACGAAAAUUAAUGUGUGGGAUGGCACACCACAAUGCUGAUUAAAACAAAACAAUCGUCUGGCGCUUGCGUAAUGAGCGCUGGAAACGCGGCUCCCCUACUUCCAGUCCUGGGACUACCUUCCGCAACGAUGGCGCGAGAUGAGCCGCUCGGAGCGACGCGAGGCAAGCUUGGAGGGGGGGGGGGGUCCCGCUCGGGCGUUGUCAAAAUUACUCUCGGUCUGCGGUUCACAUCGACUCGUCCCUCCCUCGCCCGGCGCAGAUGCUUAACCGUGGAGCGAAGGCGGCACGAUGUUCCGAACCGGCGUCAUGCCUCUUUGGGAACUCGCACUCUAUCCCCCCCCCCCCCCCCCCCCCCCCCCCCCCCCCGUGAGUUCGUGCUCGAACCGUGUCCGUUGAUUCUACAGUUAAUACAUUUUUUUAAUCACCUGUUAAGUCAUCCAAAUGUUGGUGAAAUACUCUGAAGUUUCUCACGACUUGCACGUAAAUAAGCACUGCCAGUAUCAAAGCUAGCGCACGGAGGUUCAAGGGGCCUUGUGAAGUGGUGGUCUUCAAUCCACGCCUCCACUGUCCACCUUUGUCUCUUUCCCCCACGCAGUGGAGGCUUGCAGUGCCCAUCACGGUGGAAUGUAUUGCAGACCUCCGGGCGGCGCUCGUGUAGACGUCUGGAUCUUGUUUGCGUCGUCGUUAAAAUAAAAGCCUGUCCAUUGACCUUUGUCAGGCCGAGUGUGGGCUUGGGCUCACCGACACGAGACCGCGCGUCGGGAGUGAAGAGCCCCUGGUCCUGGGCCUGACCUCUAACCACGAUCGACCGCGCCGGACCCUUCUUCCACACCUCGGCUCCUCCUGUGUGCGCGUUACAAGUCGGCCCGAGUAGCGAAGUCUUGCACAUGAAAUGCGCUCACGUUUUACUGAAAUCUCAGUUUUAACUUUAAAAUCUUCUUGUGAGGUUACGACUUUCCGCGUGGUGUUCGGCGAAACGAAAGUAAACUAAAAAGGAACUGCUGUUCUCGUUUCAUUAUUAACCCUGGCGUCUUGAAGCCGGAUCACGUGGUCCCAACGCCGAGGCCUUUGUCAAUCCUGGCUGCUGCUCUUGAUGCUUGGCUGUGAGUACGCAAGACGAUGUGACGACUGCAAUUGGCCCGGCGUCAUUUGACAGCCGCGAUGCUGCACCGAACAGACUCCGUCCGCCAACUGUCCUGAUCCAAACUGUGAAGCGACGUCGCUCACGUCGCCUGCUUACCCAGACGACGAUCGGUGACGAUGUUCGGGACGUUGCCACUGCCUCCACCCAUCGCGCAGUCUCAGCGCCACCGUGUACCUUGGACACGGUCCGUUGACCGUCGUCCGGCGCCGAGGUUACGUGCUCUGCCGAACGUGACCUUCGCCCCGCCGCGAUGGGAGAGGGGCAGCUUGUGUAUGGUGACUCGGCAGUGGUCUUCCCCCAUGCCACUACCUGUCUCAGUAGCCAGAGAACGACGUCAUUGCGCGGUCUGACCGAGCCCUUGCCCCUGCUCCCUCGCACAUUCAACCCAAGGCAGAGGACGAGUGCUGUGGCGGCUGGGCUCGUGGUCGCCCCUGUCUGCACAAGCAGCUGCUCCAACGUCAGGAUGAAAUCAGUGGGCACUCGGUCACAAACCCUGCUCAGACGGUGCCGAACCUCCCGAGUCGGUAUCUGACCUGCAGCCACUCAGUGCCCACCCCCUCCUCACCCUGUUGCCGCCUCGAGCAAUACGCACAGCGACUUUAUCAAUAUGCAAGGACGACAUGAGAUUUAAUGCGUCUGUUUGAUAUCUUCCCUCCCUAUUCGCUUCUACUAGCCAGAGAAGUGUGUCUCGUGCUGUCGGUCCUUGCCAGCCCCGUGCACCCCCCCCUCCCCGAGCCCCUGUAACCUUCGUGCCUUAAAGUCAUGAGCCAUCCAUUCAGAGCCCAGCUUGACAUUUCGCAAGAAAAUGUUUAUCGACCGUGACUUCCUAAUUGUUAAGUGGCCCUACCGGAAUUAUUGUGGCAUUUGAGGCAGGCGGCAAGACGUGGCGACAGCAGUCCCGGUGUUGGCCAGGAAGGAGACUGCUGCCACCAAUCAAGGGGAUCGUGAGAUGGAGCUCAGAUUCGCAAACUCCCCAAGCAGGUGACGCGUAAAAGGCAAUUCCCAGUGGCCGAUGCUUGUGGGUUUGAGUCGGCCGUUGGAGUGGAAUGAGCAAGCGGUGACUUCUCAGGUGCUGUUGGUGCAGCCCACCCAGUUCUGUGGUUUCAGAAAUGUUUGUCUAAAUCGCACGCUCUUUGGAAUUAGCGGAAGCCGAGUCAAAAGUUUUGAAAGCGAGAUGCAGUUCUUUAAGGUGUGUUCGGGUGCCCAUUCUGUUCUCUGAAUGGCGACAGUGCCGACGGUUGCGAUCUGGGCUGGACUGUGACAAAAAUGCAAUCUCAUUCUCGAAACUUUUAACUCCCCAUGUGUGGGUUACUGGCGAGUCACGUUAUCAAAGUCCAAAGAGAUUGGACGUCGUUUUAGUCUUGUCGCCGAUUCCCUGAAGUUUUUUUUUAUAUAUCAACUUCGGAAACGUUUCCCCUUUGCUCCACGUGGCAGCGGUGAGCAUCGUCACUUGGAUUCCCCCUUCCCAUCCCCCCCGAGAUGCAGUGAGACGUCACGGGUCACCAAGCCGGCCAACCACGCCAAUCGGUUGCGUUGUCAAUUGCGUUUCGCACCGCGGUCUCAAGCUCACGGGGUGGGGGGGGGGUCGUUUCAAAAACAGCGUCGAGGCGAGGCUGCUCUCAGUGAGCACCAUCCAUUUAUGGCCGCCUUGGCUACUCACAGGAAAUGUUUUCAUGCCCAAAGUUCGAGUCUCUAGCUGCGUGGUUUCCGUGAUAAGGUGAUGCGAUGCAAAUUCCUGGAACCACCGUUUAAUGUUUGUGUACAGAGAAUAGGCCAUCCUACAUUGUGAUACCUUGCCAUGCAAGCAUUGUCAAGGCGAUGAUGUGACGGCUACGUUAUGACCGGUUGCUUCAUGUGCUGUGCUCAUCCGGGAGUUGGAAUUUAAGGGACAUUUACGAGUAACAAACCUUAACCUGCUCCUGCCACACAGCUCGACAACCCUCAAUUGCCUUCAGCACAGCUGCUUAUCAUUUUUCUAAAUGAAAUCUUCUAAAGCUACGUGUGCAGAUGUCCUUCCUUCCCCCCCCCGUCCCCCCGUGUGCAAACUUUAUCAAGAAUUUGACCAUCACAAAUCUUGUUUGUAUAAUAUUACAAUGAGAAUUUGAGCAGAGUUGGGGGGGGGGUUAAAAAUAGUUCUGUUUAGUUUAAAUUGUCAUCUUAUUUGAAACCGUUUUGCGAGUGCUUUUGCAGAUGAUGGCAUUUGUUUGAAGGGUGUUAAAUGUUCAAUUACAUGAUGUAGGGUACAUUGGAUUGAAAUAAACAUAUUUCCUAAAUGCCGCCUGACAUUGUCCCCCCCCCUCCGAGUUUAUUGUAGUUUGUAUUUAAUUAGGAAGUGGCUCAUGUAAUUGGUGCUCUAUACCACUCUUCCUCGAUGAAGACGUUGACACGAGGACAAGAUAAAAACAAAUGUUACGGCUAAUUGUAACCACGCUGAAACCACUUAAAUUUUUUGGCCGCAAGUGUAAUGUAAAACUUUUAAUUUUUCGAUCGAUUUUGACUUCACAGGACAUCCUUUUAAGUUGUAACCAAACAUGUUUAGACAGUUGCACAAUUGUACCAAAUCUAGGUAUUAGCAAUCACAAUUUUAGUUUUUUUAAAGAAUAUUACAAGCCCAAUAUUUGGCAAAUUUUACAUCUGCAAAUAUGCAUUACAGUGGGGGGGGGGGGGGGGG